AUGCCAAACUACAAGCACAUUCUAGAGGAUCCUUCCGAUGCUGGAGACCAAGAGUUACAGAACUUCACCUUCGUCGGUGAGGAUCAUGUAUUUACCCUGCUGAUGACAUUGGAUAAUCGGUGGAUGUGGAAUGGUGCUGCGAUCCUCACUGUCUACGGCACAGAGUCAGAUCAACGGGCGAUCGACACAAACACUAGUUUAUGUGAAUCGAACUCGGCCCCUCUCCUGAGGAUCAUGACUCUCAGGAGUGAAAUCCAGAUUUCCGAGGACGAGUCCCCGACAUUUAAUGACUUCACACUGUCCCCGUAUUACCAGAUACUAGCUCUUCUGAUCAGACAUCUUAUGGAAGAGACACCUGAAUGUGAUUCCUGCCGAUUUCGACUCCGCGCAGGACGUUCCAGCUCACUUGAACGGGCUUCUCUGGCCCCAGCUUCUCAACAGAAACCGUCAUCACUUGUGGUGGCUCUAGAAGACUUGGAGGAAAUCAUUCAAGAGCUCAGUGCCAAAGAUGAAUCAUGCCGGACCUUUCCUGCCAGUGUACUGGAGUAUGUCUCUGGAGGACCCUACCCGGCAAACACGGGGAAGCCGGUCCAAUCAGGCCGUUCCAGUUCACUUGGACCGACUUUUCCCUCCCCAGCUCUGCAACAAAUACCAUCAUCACAGGCAGAGGCACAAGAAGAGUUGGAGCAAAUCAUUGAAGAGCUCAUCGCUAAAGAUGAAUCCACACUGCCGUCUGCCAGGCCCCGCCCCGAAGCUCUUAUGCCAAUUCCUCCAGCACCCAAUGCAGGCAUGGACAGCUACCACAGCGAGGAGAUCCCAGGAACCAACUACAUCGUCCCGACCACCAAAUUGUCAAAGGGGAAGAAGAGUCGUCCUGACAGAUUCAGCGAGCAUCAACUCAAAGUGUUGUGGGCACGGUUUGAAGUCACGCCAUAUCUGACGGCGGGACAAGUACAAUCCCUGUCUUUUCAGCUGGGUCUGACAACGCUGCAGGUUAGAAACUGGUUCCGGAAUCACAGGAAGAAAUACAAGCUGUGGAUUGCCCCUAGACUUCAGACGCCCGAGCGACGCCCUUCCCUUCAGCUCUGGAAUACCAAGUCUGGAGCCAGAAGGAUGUGGGUGCAUUUCCAACCCCGCUGA